UGUCUAGAACCAAUUACGUUUGACAGGGAAACAAUUAUUAAAUAUUUCUUAGUCCAGUAGUACUUCUCUUCUCAAUAUUAAAAGAGAGUCGAAGUUUGAAUCCCUUCCCUAUAAACCAAAAAAAUGAUUAUUCCUGAAGCACUGACACUUUCUCAAGACUAAGCAUAUGAUAUGCGAAAUUACUUACUGACUAGGAUCUUGAUUUCUUAAGAACAAAAUGGAAAUUAAAAACCCAAAAAGCAAAAAAAAAAAAAAAAAAAAAAAAAAAAAAAAAAAAAAAAGAAGAAGAAAAAGUUAGCUGGGAGAUUAUCUGGGCGUUAAUAGAACCAAGCCAGUGGGCCAAAUCAAUCAUAUUAGAUUAUUUUGGGCCUGGGCCCGAUUAAAAAAGAUUUGGUCAGACACAUCACGUUUGUUUUUGGCCGUUGGACAUCAUAUUCAGAUGUUAUUAUAGUCAAAAGACUUUAAGAAAACACUAACACCCAAGCCAACGGUAACUUUCUUGUCUCUGUCUUCUCCUUCCCCUUUCUGUCUUCCCCUUUGCUGCUCCAAAUUCCAAUUAAAACCCCAAAACCAAACUUCACCAACACAAAAGUUCUUAGCUUUACAUCACAAAUGGCAUUAAAAGAAGCAGCUUCACUCACUUCACUGAAACAACAAGAACAAGAAGAAGAAGAAGAAAGAGAGAGGUUCAUAGUUUUGAGCAGCACUUGCAAAGUGGUGGAGUAUUUACAGCCAGUGAUGUCAAAAGAGCUUCUCUGCAAGUUUCCAGACAACUCUGCUUUCGAUUUUGACUACACUCAGAGUUCAAUAUGGUCCCCUUUGGUCCCUCGAGCUCAUGCUCCCAUGGAUUUGGACUUGGAUUUCGAUUUCAUGACGCCAAGGAAGCUCAAUUUCGAGAUGGGGUUGGAGUUGGAAAGUCAAAGCAGCAUCAAGAAAGUCAGUUCUAGUAUUAAGAAGAAGAUCUCCACCGCUGGAUUUAAUAUUAGCAGGAGUGCGUUGAAGAACAAGAAGAAGAAGAAGAAGAAGAAGAAGAGCAAGAUGGCAUUGGCUUCUGAUUUCUCUCCAACUCCUGUUAAGGUUCAUUGUAACCCCUUAGCCUCAAAGGUAUGGAAUAAGGUGCUAAAAGCUGCCUCUAAACAUUUCAAGAAAAAGAAGAGAGAUCCCAUGGACCAUGUGAGGCUCUCCAAUUAUCUGAGAGAUGGAAAUAUUUGAAGGCUUCCCCCAUUUGUAAUUCUUUUUUGUUUCAUUAAUUUAUUUAUUCAUUUAAUUGUCUUUUUAA